UGGCAUUACAGUAGUGUAUCGACGUAAUUAUAAUGGGGAAGUUAUGAUUGUAUGUUUUUGAUUAAACCUCAAGAAGAGUAUAAAUAGAGAAGCUUCCAUCAUCAUCGUCAGUAGUGUAGAGAAUCUAAUGUUUGAUAGAAUAUAAACAUGAACUACAUUGAGUUAAGCCUGUUCCUUGUGGGAAUCUGUAACGUUGUUAAUUCGGCACCGCAAGCGCAAACCAUAAAAAUCAUAAGUCAGUCUAGUGAGAGUGGUCCCGACGGUGGAUAUAAAUGGAGUUUCGAUACAGAGAACGGAAUAAAGGCGGAAGAAACGGGUACCUUGAAGAAGGCAUCCGGCCCGGACAAGGAAGAUGCGAUCGUGGUUCAAGGCGGCUACGGCUACAAGGAUCCCGAAGGCAACCAGAUAUCGCUGACAUACACGGCCGAUGACGAACUGGGUUUUCAACCCCAAGGCGCACAUCUACCGACACCACCACCAAGCCCACCCGCAAUACUUAGAGCUUUGGAAUGGAUACUUGCGCAUCCGUAUGACGAGACCAAAGCGAAGAAUGGCAAAUAAUUUGUAUCAAAUUUGUUAUUUAUUGUUGAACGUAACUUGUGAUCGAUUAACCUAUACAAUGUACAUAUGAAUUGUCUUAAUAAUUGCAGUUGAAAUGACGAAUAUUGCAAACGACAUUGACAUGAUUAUCAUUGCACAAAAUAAAGCAACUUGUUUAUGAAUAA